AUGGCUAAAGUGCUGGAAAAGCUGCAGCUCAAACUGAACCUUCCCAGUUCACGUAUAAAUGAUAAUCAGCAUGCCUUUACAAGCAAACGAUCAACCGUGUCCGCACUCACCAACAUCUCGCAGAACUGGUUUAAUGCGACCGACAAUACUCAUAGCGCCAAAAAUGGAGUUCAUGCACUAUUCAUAGAUUUUCGCAAAGCGUUUGACCUUGUUGACGACGGAAUUCUACUUCGUAAGCUCGCAGAAAUGAAUGUAACCAAAGCCUUUUGGCUAUGGGCACGUAGUUUUCUGGAAGAUAGAAGACAACAGGUCAAACUAGCAGGAACCCUAUCAUCGGUCAAACCUUGUCCUGCAGGAGUCCCACAAGGUUCUGUGAUGUCCCCCGCUCUUUUUAAUAUUCACAUUAACGAUAUUGAGAACUCAAUCUCAGAUGGAUUAUCCAUAAACAUAUGCAAAUACGCGGAUGAUUGUACACAGGACGAAGUGGUGUCACAAGGUUCAUCCAGCCAUAUGCAGGAGGCCCUUGAAGCAGUACAAGAAUGGUCUAAUAGGAACAAAAUGACGAUAAAUUCGAAGAAAACAAAAGAUAUGUGGAUAUGUUUUAACACAGCAAUACCGGCACCAGAACCAUUGGUCAUUGGAAACGAGGUAGUGGAAAGAGUAAAUUCUCAUAAACUGUUGGAUGUCUGGCAUCAAAACAAUUUGAAAUGGAACUGUCAUGUCAAGAACAUUGUAAGGAAAGCAAAUAAACGAAUGUUUAGUCUGAGAGAAUGCCGUAGGGCGAAUCUUCCUCCUGAGGUCGGCAUUACAUGUUAUGAAUCCAAGAUUAGACCUGUUUUAGAAUAUGCAGCUCCGAUAUGGGGUGGUUUACCACAAUAUCUCAUUGAUGAAAUAGAGAGCAUUCAAAACAGAUGCAUCAAAAUCCUCGGCACAUCUCGGUGCAACUUUGAAAUGCUAGAACAAAGAAGGGCACACCUAACUGUUAAGGAAUACCAAAGAAUUCUAAGUGAUCCGACCAACCCAUGUAAUAAACUUAUCCCCCAACCUUUUACCCAUGAACACGAUCUAAGAACAACAAAUAAUCUACCAUAUGUUGUAUCGUAUACUAAAAGACAUCGGCAAUCCAUUAUACCUAGAGCUAUAUCCCUUUUAAAACAGUCCUAAAUUAAUUUUAUAGAAUAUAUAACUAGUAUAAACAUUUUUAGCAACAUUUAUGUAAAUAAUAGUAAAAUUUCUUCUUAUCAAUUUUAACCUUAGCACUUCUUGUAAAUCCAUUCUACUUUUUUAACCAAAGAUGGAUAUUAAAUGUUAUUAUUAUUCAUAACAAACAGCGUCAUCAGAACUUAUUAAGUACAUCGUUCUAAUGAGAGUGAAAGACAAAAAACCACAACAAUCUGUAAUAAUUCUAUUUAAUUUAAUGUACUCAGUUAUAUAAAUAUUACUUUUCUCAAUACACACUUCGUUUUCGUUAUUAAAACGUCGAGCUUUAAAACUAAUGUUACAUACAUGAAAACGAGGCUCUAUUACUCUAUAGCCAACAACAUACUUCCCGGAAAGGUAUAUUUGUUUACAUAAAAUAUGCAAAUUAUACAUGCAUAAAGUUGCAAAAAUUCCCUAUAAUUUCUUGGUCGUAUAAGAGUUUAUACAAUCUGAUGAUUUUAGUAUCGACGGCAUGUUUGUAAUGCCAACUACUUAUUUGUGCGAUUAAUCUUACGCCUGACAAAAUUCUCUCCUGGGUCCUCUUUCAUGACAUCAUACAUCAUGACAUCAUACAAAAUGACAUCAUACAUAAUACCUCUACUCUACUCUGCUCUACGACAAGAAGUCUGUCACUAUAAAGGAUCAUCUCGGUGUAGGCAUGUCUGCUGAGGUGACACUUUAAUUCUUAAGACAGAGGCCAUCUAACGAAUUCAUCUUCAUGCCUGAAGUACAAUUAAAUUAAAAUGUGCAAACUAAUCACUUUUUCAGGCCCGGCCAGGGGUUUCAGGUAUAUUGGCAUUUAGACCAUUUUAUCUUUGCCAUACAGUACUUUAUUGUUAAAAUAAGUUGAAACAGUAUUAUACAUUUGCCCAAGAUUAAGGACUCAGACAGACAGACACAGUGGCGGAAAUCUCGGAGUGGCGGAAAUCUCGGUGUGGCGGAAAUCUCGGUGGGGCGGCCCCCCCCCCCCACCUUCGUGGAAAAUGACGAAUUUUCG